AAUCGUCACUCGGUCAGGAAGUUCCAUUCAGUAAACAAAAAGGAACGAUAUGAUCGUCUAAUUGAAGUAUUUAAUAGCUAGCUCUAGUGCUACUACUUGUCAUUCAAAGGGUUCAUCUUCAGGAGAAUUCAUCUUCAGAGUGAUAUCUUUGCAUUUAUUGUUUUAUAGAUUGGAUAUUUGCCUACUUAUUAGUUGAAAUGGCUGAAGACGAAAGUCGCAGCAAGAAAUCCACAGAGAAAGCAACCUCUAAACCAACAGUGGAAGUCAAAAAGAAAGACAAAAGCAAGAAAUCUUCAUCGAAGGAAGCUGGAGCUGUUGCGAACGGAUCGGUUGCUUCAGCGCAAGAAUGGCAGCUGCAACCAUCACAACCGCCAAAGGGUUUCCUACCGUUUAGUCAUAAUAUCAUUACCCCUGAAAUACAGAAAUACGCAGCUGAAAAACUCAACGAAACCGAAGAAACCAAAGCAAGAGCUCUCAAGGAAUUUCACGAGCUCGUUGACAACGAUCCUGAUUUACAUCUAACAGCCGAAGACAACCUUAUUUUAAUUUGGUUGCGAACGAAAAAGUUUGACGCCAAGAAGGCGUUCGAUCUCCUAAAACUUGGACUGACUUAUGUUGAAUCUUACCGCUACUUACUCGAAAGGAACGAGCCUGAAAUUGUCCGCAAAGUAAACUCAUGCAACAUGUUUGGGUUCCUCCCUUAUAGGGAUCAAGAUGGAAGAGCUAUUAUGUAUACCAGGGCAGAUAAAUGGGACCCGAAUGAGAUACCCGCUGCAGACGCCAUUUUCACAGGUGUCAUGGCAGUUCAAAAUGCGGGUCACAAUCCAGUCAAUCAGAUACUCGGCUUCGUUGUCAUCCUAGACUUGAAAGAUCUGAAAAUUCAGCAAGUCCUGGCCAUGAGCCGGUGGAUGAUAUUUGGAACGGUUUUGUUACAGCGUGCCUGCCCAUGCUUCCUGAAAGCAUUUCACGUGAUCAACAUAUCUCCAUUUUACAAAAUUGGUUGGAAGCUCGUGAAGCCUCUUCUAAGCGAGAAAAUUAGGAAACGAUUCAUCUUCCACAAAAGCAGCGAUCUCAGCACCCUCUAUGAAUACGUACCAAAGGAAAUUCUUCCCCCUGAACUUGGUGGCAACGUGCCGUUCACAAACGAACAUUGGGCCAAGGAUAUCGACAAGAUUGAGAGGGACUACUUCUAUUACCUCAGCCAGAACUUCAUGAAGUCCAAAAGGAAGAACAAAAGCACCCCUAGUAGAAGUUGAAGUGAUUGAAUUUUAGAGAUUUCAAUUGCUGCUUUUAUACAAGAACUUGCAUAUUAUGUAUAUUCGUUGUGAAUAUUGUUUUCGUGCAUGAAUGUCACUUAUUCUAAUAUGUAACUUUUAUUUUAUUACUUUUUUCUCUAAUUUUUUUUAUGUCUUUAUAAGUCUGUUCAAAACUGUGUUUGUAAUGAUAGUACACUGUGAGACUGUUUUUUUUAUAUAAAAUAAAACUUUUAUAUAAAAUAAAA